AUGCCAUCUGUUCGACAAAAUGCAUCAAAGAGAUGUCGUUUCAUGUAUUACAAUUAUACUAUGAAGCAAAAAACUCAAGAUGGCGCCUUUUCCUGUCAUUUAAUAUGUCAUUCCAUUAUUCAGAAUUUGUUUUUGUAUGGGUAUGGUGCUAUAUUCAAUUUUCUUGGGAUACUUGCAACAGUUCUUAUCAAAGCAAACUUCGAUAUAAGUUUCUGCCAUCGUUGUAUGAUGCUAUUUUUAAUGAAAUCUAUUUGGCUACAAAAGAUGAGUCAGUUUUCCAAAGUAGAAACAAAGAACCAACAUUGAAAGAUUCCAGAAAAACAACAUUGAAGGCUUCUGACCCCGUUUUGACACUUUUCUGGUUUAAUAUUAAAUAAAAGAGUUUUAUUUAAUGCUAUUUUAUGUGGUGGACUUUGUCAUUAGAAGGACCUUAACGGAUUGAAAGCAUUAUGUAAUAGUGUAUUUAUUUAAGAGCAUUUUCAAU